GUUAUCUAAAGCUACAAACUAAGCUAGCUUGCCAAAUGCUCAAUGACAUGAGUGGUGACGAUAAAGCUAUGAUUCCAUCCAGUAUAAAUGGCCGCUAGUUGUUCAUGUUCUUCACCACAAAAACAAGCUACAGAUUUUCCAAUCACAAUGUCUAAAGCUUACUUGCUUCUGUUUUUACUUGGAGUGAUGGCUCUUCUCACCACUCCAUCCCCAUCUCUAGCUUAUAAUGGGCCUCCCGAGGAAGACGAGCGCUUUCCAGAGCGCAAACCACCAAUUCUCCCUGGUUAUGUACCACCAAAGUUUAUCCCUGGUGAUAAACCACUGCCACCUAAGAAAGAGGAGCCACCGAUACGCCCAGGUGAUAAUAAGCCAGUACCCCAACGACACCUCUCGGAAGACGGCUGCGUUGAGGAAUUACACAGCUCACCCUGCAAACCAUUUGACAAACCACCAAAGGGCAAGGGAAAGAAGCCACCACAUGAUGGUCAUCACCCCGCGGGACACCUUCUGGCAGAGCAAGUACUUGAGAACAAAGAAGUGCUCCAGCCACCACGCAAGUUGCGUCCACCAGUGCCUCCACACGAGCCACCUCAUGAGCCUCCACUUGGGCCGCCUGACCAACCGCCCGUUGGGCCUCCACAUGAUGAACCACCCCACCAGCCGCCUGACCAACCGCCCGUUGGGCCUCCACAUGAUGAACCACCCCACCAGCCGCCUGACCAACCGCCCGUUGGGCCUCCACAUGAUGAACCACCCCACCAGCCUCCUGACCAACCGCCCGUUGAGCCUCCACAUGAUGAACCACCCCACCAGCCGCCUGACCAACCGCCCGUUGGGCCUCCACAUGAUGAACCACCCCACCAGCCGCCUGACCAACCGCCCGUUGGGCCUCCACAUGAUGAACCACCCCACCAGCCUCCUGACCAACCGCCCGUUGAGCCUCCACAUGAUGAACCACCCCACCAGCCUCCUGACCAACCGCCCGUUGAGCCUCCACAUGAUGAACCACCCCACAAGCCGCCACGACAAGCUAACUAGGCGUUACCAGCUAGUAGCUAGUUGUGUUUAGUAUAUAUGGAAUGGGAGAGUGUCAUAGAAAUAAGAGCAGCUAUGUUCAAUGGUUUGAGUCCAUAACUCCCGCUAUAGUUGGUUUUUAAUGUUUACGUAGUUCACUCCUUUAGCUUGUAGUGCAUGUACUAGCUUCCUACGUAGGAAAUGAGCAUGGACAUGCAGUUUGAAAACUUUGUACUUUACGACUGUCACUAUAUAUAUAUAUAUAUGCUUUCACUUAGUGU